AUGCAAUACGUGCGCGGCCUCAGCGAGUCCGUCUCGACAGCCUGGAAUUCAAUCAACCCUGCGACUCUCAGUGGUGCUAUCGAUGUCAUUGUCGUCGAACACGAAGAUGGCUCUCUGGUCUGCUCGCCGUUCCAUGUCCGAUUCGGAAAGUUCUCUCUCCUAAGGCCGUCGGACAAGAAGGUCGAAUUCAAGGUCAAUGGCGUCAAACAAAGCUAUUCCAUGAAACUCGGCGAAGGCGGCGAGGCCUUCUUCGUCUUCGAGACCACAGACAGGAUCCCACAGUCGCUACAGACAUCACCGCUCGUUUCUCCUGCUUCUAGUCCUGCGAGCAGUCCACCGCUCAACCCGGAGCAGUCAGAAUCUGGUUUGCAGGAGCCAGAAGCGUUCGAGCUCGACGCUUCAGAGCCCAGGCUGCGACGACCACUCCCGUCUGUGCUCUACAAGAAGGAUGAUGGCAACGGCUUGAUCACACCACUGUCGACUUCUCCAGAGUUAUCCAGCGCCCGCCCAGCGUCCGGCGACUGGUCUUCAAGGGUGCCCCGGCCACAUAGUGACGAUAUUCUCCGUGCCAGUGCUAGAAGCCGAGGUCUAGACGGGAAUAGUUCCGCCGAUGACGAUGAGCAUGUUGCUUCUGAACGGUCCUCUAGUCCUCCGCCUCUGGCACCGGGUGAGGCUCUUGAACGUGCCAGGGCCUUGUCUAAGGGACUCUCUGCCGCAAGCAUACCCACAAAGGUCACAGACAGCGGUGAUUUGAUGCUGGACAUGAAUGGGUUCAAGGGAAACGAGGAGGACAUUCUCCGGGCUGAGAUUUUGGCUCGCCAGAUUCUUUCCGAAGAGUUGGAUGGAAACUAUGACAUCGGCGCACUCAUUGGCUUCGACGAACAGGGAAACCUAUGGAUCUACAGCAGUGAGGAGGCCAAGCAGGCUGCUAUGAACAAGACUAUCGAGGCGUCGUUGCAGUCGCACCGUAGGGCUACCGCAGCCGAUGCUAUUUCUGAUCCCGGUUAUCAGAGUGACAGUAGCGAUGCAACUGCUUCUCCCAUUCCAUUACAUCGAAGAGCCGAGUCCGACGCUGGCCCCAUGGAUUUGCAAACUCCUCCCCGCACUCCGCCGAGCUCUUCGGGCCACGCAGGAGAUCCCAACAGAAAUUACGCCAAGACCUUGCGAUUGACUAGUCAGCAGCUCAAGGAUCUGAAGCUUCAGCCAGGCGCGAACUCGAUGGCUUUCACUGUCAACCGAGCUACCUGCAAAGCAAACAUGUACCUCUGGAAGCAUGAGACGCCUGUUGUUAUCUCAGACAUUGACGGUACUAUUACCAAGUCGGAUGCCCUCGGCCACGUGUUGAACAUGAUUGGACGCGACUGGACUCACUCAGGCGUGGCUAAAUUGUACAGUGAUAUUUCCGCCAAUGGUUAUAACAUCAUGUACCUUACCAGUCGAUCUGUUGGACAAUCUGAUACUACAAGAGCCUACCUGGCGGGUAUCGUUCAGGAUGGCUACAGGAUGCCGCCCGGUCCUACAAUACUGUCGCCCGAUAGAACCAUGGCUGCACUGAGGCGAGAGGUCUACCUUCGCAAACCCCACAUCUUCAAGAUGGCAACUCUUCGGGACAUUCGAAACUUAUACGGCCCAGACCGUCAUCCCUUUUAUGCCGGCUACGGAAAUCGUUUGACCGAUCAAAUCUCCUACCGGACCGUCGACGUCCCUCGAAAUCGCAUUUUCACCAUCAAUUCCAACUCUGAAGUGUCCCUUGAUCUGCUGACACUCAACAAGCUCAAGAUGAGCUACGUGAAUAUUAACGAAGUCGUUGACCAUUACUUCCCUCCCGUGAGCACACUGGUAAAAGGUGGCGGCGAGGAGUACACGGAUUUCACGUAUUGGAGAGAUGAUCCUCUUGCCAUGGCCGACUUUUCAGCAAGCGAGAGUGACGAUGACGAUGAUGAGGACGGCCCAGGAGGACCCACCAGCGAGUAUGGUGAUGAUGAAGAGGAAUAUGACGAUGAGGAUGGCGAAAUUGAUGAAGAUGUGGACGAGAUCGGUGAAGGACUUGCCGAUAGUUACAUCUCUCGAGCAUCUAUGGAUGAGUUUGCCGAAGCUGCAAGUGUUUUGGGCGGUAGCGUCGACGAAGAGCAACUCAAGGCGUCUAUGACACGCGACUUGAAAGAAGCUUACGACGAGGAGGAUGAAGAUGAGAUAUACGAAGAUGGCGAGGAAGGCCAUCAAGACGAACACAAGGGCGACGGAACCUCUGAUGCUACUCCUAUUGGACAAAGGCGUCAAGGUCAGCUUAAGGAGGACGUUCUCGCCCAACACAUAACAGGGGCCACCGAGGCUGUUGCUGCUGCUCCCAACAUGCAAUAA